UACUCGCGGUGCGUGUCGUGACGUUAAAGUUAGGUCGUAAUCCAGCCGAGAGAAGGAAAGGCACAUGAGAGCGACAGAGAUGAGGAACGUGGUCAUUGUGUGCAAUGAGAGAGUCGUUUCCUUCUUCCCCUCCUUCGCGGCUGAACAUAAAGAAGUCCAUCAGCGGCGACCAUCACGAUGCAUCAGAUGGCGUCGCAGCGACGUAUCGUUUCCACAAGAUCGAGAUAACAUCGAGUUCUUGCGCCGGUAACGUUCGUUGCAACGUUCUUCGUUGCUUCGACAGCAGCAUCUUCGGACGGACGGUUACACUCACGGCCGAUAAUUGGAAUAAAUGACUUAGUCUGACCGGUCAAGGGACUUGCAAGGCUGAAUGGAUACGUCAGUGUCGUCGUUCCUAAGAACCCGUGGCUUAUCUGCGUUAUGGCUCCUCCUGGUGUUAUCGCCGGCCGUUCGUGCCUCCUACAGUAUCGGCGUCGGAAUAGCCGACAGCACAGGACCGACUGCGGAAAUAGUUUUUAUGGGAUACGCGAAAAUUGAUCAGAAGGGGAGUGGUCUUCAUCUGCGGACGUUCGCCAGAGCGUUUAUAAUCGACGACGGUGCGGAAAGAUUCGUGUUUGUCAGCGUCGAUUGUGGAAUGAUAGGGAACGAUAUCCGGCAGGAGGUACUGCGCAAAUUACGGGGCAAAUUUGACGACAUGUAUACGGAGAAGAACGUGAUGAUUAGCGGCACGCAUACUCACUCAAGUCCCGGUGGCUUCAUGCUCGACAUGCUCUUCGACCUGACCGCAUUUGGUUUUGUCAGAGAAACGUUCGACGCUAUUGUUAAUGGCAUAACAAAGAGCAUCGAACGUGCUCACGACGCUGUUGUGCCUGGAAGAAUCUUCAUUACUCACGGUCAAGUUUCGGGCGCCAAUAUCAACAGGAGUCCGCAGGCAUAUCUUAAUAACCCGAAAUCAGAAAGGGACAGAUACGAGUAUGACGUGGACAAGACACUGACGCAAAUACAAUUCAUCGGCGCUGACGAUAAGCCCCUGGGUGUCAUAAAUUGGUUUGCCGUACAUCCUACUAGCAUGAACAAUACUAACCACUUAGUCUCCAGUGACAACGUGGGUUACGCCUCACUCCUAUUUGAAAAAAUGAUGAAUAAUAACGCCAUGAUCGGCAAGGGUCCCUUCGUAGCGGCCUUCGCAUCGACUAAUCUCGGCGACGUUUCACCAAACACACGUGGUCCAAAGUGCGAGUUCUCCGGGCAAAACUGUUCCGAGCAGUAUACGUGUCCCGGAAAGAAGGAGAUGUGCUUCGCCUCCGGUCCCGGUAAGGACAUGUUCGACAGCACCAGUAUUAUUGCUCACAAGCUUUACCAAGAGUCAACGAGAUUAUGGCGAAGCGGCGAAGCGACGGAGGUCGUAGGACCGGUGCGAGUAGUUCACCGAUACGUCAACAUGCCGGAGCAGAGUGCGGAAUUCUACAACGGGAGCACGGGUCAGACAGAGAAGGUUCACGGCUGCGUGCCAGCAAUGGGCUACAGCUUCGCAGCCGGCACCACCGACGGACCCGGUUCCUUCGCUUUCGAGCAAGGCACAACAACGCCGAAUCCUCUUUGGAAUGCCGUGCGCAACUUGGUGGCCGUGCCAACGGCGGAGGAUAUCCGUUGUCACGGCGCGAAGCCCAUCCUGUUGGCCACCGGCCGGAUCAAACUCCCUUAUCAGUGGCAGCCAAAGAUCGUCUCGACCCAAGUGGCCGUAAUCGGGAACGUCGUUGUCGCCGGUGUGCCCGGUGAAUUCACGACAAUGUCCGGAAGAAGAUUGCGAGAGGCCAUCGAGAAAGUCAUGAGCGACUCGUCCAACGGCGAAACUUCCGUAAUAGUCGCCGGACUCUGCAAUACUUAUAGCGAUUACAUAAGCACUCCCGAAGAGUAUCAAGUACAGAGGUACGAGGCCGCAUCAACGAUAUAUGGCCCGCACACGCUCACAAUCUACUUGAAGCAAUACCAAGAGUUAGUACAAGCGGCCAUUGACGGAAAGGAGCUUCCGCCAGGGCCGCAGCCGCCGCAGCUCCUGCACAGCAAUCUGAUUAGUCUUGUACCACCUGUGCUCUACGACACCCCGAAAUGGGGGCGCAACUUUGGCGAUGUUAUCCAGCAGCCGCGACAAGCUGUGUGGCCCGGUGACACGGUUACCGCGAUCUUUGUCGCCGGUCAUCCCCGGAAUAAUUUAAUGACUGAUAAUACGUUUCUGACCGUGGAGCGACUGGGAGACGAUGAAGUUUGGAUACCGAUUGCUACAGACGCCGAUUGGGAGACAAAAUUUCAAUGGACGAGAAACUCUGUAAUAUUGGGAUCCAGUCAAGUGACCGUUACAUGGGAAAUCCCGCAGGACGCAAAACCAGGCGAAUAUCGCAUCAGACAUAAUGGUUAUUAUCGUUACAUCCUCGGUGGUGUGUAUCCUUACUACGGCACCAGCAAUUCUUUCCAAGUGGAAGUUCCUGUAUAUCAGAAUAUCCGUAGACAUCGUUACUAUGGAUGACCAGCUGGUGCCGCCCUCGUGCUUUGUUAGUCGAUAAGGAAAUCAUUACGCUUAAUUGGACGGAUUCGCUGUAUAAUCGAUGUAAAUAAGUAUCCCAUCAAACGAAAAGAAACGUUUAAACACUCUGUCAUGAAGGCUUUCGCAAAUCCUUAUGUACAGGGUGUUACAUCGACGAUAUUCAGCAAUAUGCCGAGUUGUCGCUGGUAAGAGCACGCAUGAGAGAAAUCGGCCCGAGUUUGUGCGUAGCUUUACCAGCGGCAACCCAUCAUACUACUCAAUAUGUUGAUGCAAUAUAUCCGUACAAUAGAGUGCGUGCUCUUUCUCUCCUCGCAUAAAUAUAUUCUCUCGGAUCUAACGACGUUACUGUCAUAACUGUCAAAGUUUACGUAUAAGUUAAAAUAUUGAUUUCGAAGCUUCGUUCAGAGCGAAAAUAUUGAAAUAUUGACCUGUUUGGCGAUAAAAGUACUGAGAUCGUAUAAAAAUAUGUGUUGCAUUUACAUACGAAACGCCGAGUUGCAGGGGCACGCGUGAGAGAAUGAGAGCGUUGUAAUACAUUAAUCAUCGCAAAUGUCAAUUCAGUAGUGAUUACUGAGACGCUUUUGUAUUUUCAGCGGAAAAAAUAUAUUGAACGUAAUAUCUUUAAUUAACAACUUCAAAUGUGAACAUAAAGAAUAUGCAUCUGAUUGUGAAAUUGCAAUCGAAGUAUGUAACGGGGUUUCUAUAAGGAUAUAUCCAACUGUGCGCGAAUAUACGUUAAUUGGAUAUUGUAGGUAACGAAACUGCGGUUUAGCGACGUCCCCAAUUACGAUCGACACAUACGACAAUUACGAAACUUAUAAUUCAUACGAAAGGAUAUCGAUAGAGUAUAUUAUUCUCUUAGUCGAGAUAUGCAUUUACCGAUGGAAUUAAACUUUCGAAUCACAUUAAUCAAUAAUUUCAAAGAAGUGUUAUCGCUGAUUGCUUUUCCGUCCACGAUACUUAGAGCGUCAGAGAGAGCGUCAGAGAGAGAGAGAGAGAGAGAGAGGGAGAGAGAGAGAAAGAGAGAGAGAGCGAGCAAAACGUUUCCGAUGCAGGAAAGAAUAGCAUUUUUUUCGGAUAUCAUAAUGUGACAUGCAAAUGCCUGGAGGCGUAGAACGCAAUAUCAUCGAGAUAAAUCUCUAUCGCGCGAGACAGCCAUGCGUUACGCGAGUCAGAAUUUUUACGCCACAUUUAAAUAUUUAAUAUAUCUUUUAAUAUAUUAUCUAUUUAAUAUAUCUUUUCAAAGCCAAUUUUCAUGCGAACAAAAUAUUGUCGCGAUUCUACUGCGAUUCUACACAGAAUUCCAUACGUAACCAAGACGUAAUUAGUCUCAUAUUUGUAUAGUAAUUGUAAUCAUAUGACGGAAACAUAAAUUGGAAUAGCAUAUAUAAAUAUUAAAUUAUCGAUGAAAGUUUC